AUGGAGAAAGAAGAGAAAAAGCAGACUCUAAAAGUUUACAACGAUCUUAAAUGCCAGAAGAUUACCUCUUUCUCAACCAUUGCUGGUGACGAGGCAGAGGAGAAGAAAGAGAUGGUUAAAAUGAAUACGCCCCAUAAUUUCAAGAAGAGUAAAGGCGGGCAGGGAAGACCUAGUCAAUCCGCUCCAAAGACUAAGGAAAUUGAUGAGUUUAGACUCAAGCAGAUUAAGCUCACAGAUAGCUUCUGGGAUGUAUACAAUAGCAGUGUUAGCAGUGGGUCAGAUAACGAGUCUUUACCUGACUAUAAGGAUGGUGGAUAUCACCCUGUUCAUGUUGGAGAGACCUUUAACAAGAGGUAUAGAGUGCUUAAAAAGCUGGGAUUUGGCGCUUUUUCAACAGUAUGGUUCUGCCAUGAUAUGGCUCAUAACAAAUUUGUUGCCAUCAAAAUCCAAAAAUCAGGUGAAAGUUAUUAUUCUGCAGCAGAAGAUGAAAUUGAAAUUUUGGAUGUGAUUGCAGACAAGAUUCAAACGGAAGAGUGGAAGGAGUCAAUUCAAGAAUAUGAUUUACCAAAUAAUAUAAACUCAGCUCAGUGUCUCCACAUGAUGGACAACUUCACUUUUGAGGGACCACAUGGAAAGCAUAUUGGAAUGGUGUUUGAAGUAAUGGGUUACAAUCUUUUAAAAGUCAUGAAGCUCUACGAUUGGGAAGGAAUUCCUUUACCUAUCGCAAGAAAAAUUGCGCGUCAAACUCUAAUAGGUUUGGAUUAUCUUCAUAGGCUCUGCAAUGUGAUUCAUACAGAUAUUAAGCCAGAGAAUGCUAUCUUAUCUCCUACAGAAAAACAACUAACUGACCAUUUGGAUUCAGUUCCAGAGCAUUUCAAGUCAAGUAUUAAGGGACCUAUCCAAUCAAGUAUGUUCUUCAGCAAGGAGCAGAAUAAGAUUAAUAAAAGAAAGAAGAAGAAAAAUAAGAAAAAGGCUUCCACUAAGAAAAAUGAGGAAAAUAAAGAAGACGAUGAGAAAAUUCUUGAUGAAGACGUACAGGUCAAACUUUGAGAUUUUGGAAAUGGUUGAUGGAUAGACCAUCACUUUACAUCAACUAUCCAGACACGACAAUAUAGAUCUCCAGAGGUCAUCCUGGGCGGAGAAUAUGAUGAGACGUGUGAUCUAUGGAGUUAUGCAUGCAUGGUAUUUGAACUAAUUACCGGAGAUUACUUAUUCGACCCUAAAACAGGAGAGGACUAUGGAAAAGAGGAGGAUCAUAUUGCCUUUAUUAUAGAACUUAUUGGGCAUCCAGAUCUCAAAUGGCUAAAAGAAUGUAAAAGAUAUAGGAAGUACUUCACAACAAGAGGGAAAAUGAAAAGGAUUUUUAAGCAUAAAAUUUGGAAGCUUGAGCAAGUUUUUAAAGAAAAAUAUUGAUUUAAGGAUGAGGAAGCUGAACAGCUAGCUGAUUUUUUAAUGCAAGCCUUACAAUGGAAGAAUGAAGAUAGAUGUUCUGCUCAAGAAAUGCUAAAACAUCCUUGGCUUUCUAUGCCUUCAGACUAUGAUUAUCAGAUUGAGAGAUCAGAUGAAGAAGAGGACAAAAACUCAGGAGACGAUGAAGAGGAAGAUGAUAAUGAUUCUUGGGCCACCUAUAGCUCUAAUGAAGAAUCUGACGGUGAAGGUGAAGGUGAGGGUGAUGGUGAAGGAGAUGAUGACAAUGAUGAUUCAGGUAGCAGCUAUGAUUUAUGAUAA